GGCCCGGCAGGGGAGGGGCCGAGCCACCGCCCCUCGGUGCGACCCAGUGGGGCCGGUGCGGGCGGCGAGCGCGGAGCAAGCUCUUGCCCUGCGCUGCUGGAGACUGUCACCAUGACCCUCACCAAAGGCUCCUUCACCUACUCCAAUGGGGAGGAGUACCGCGGCGAGUGGAAGGAAGGUCGUAGGCACGGCAUUGGGCAGCUGAUGUUUGCUGAUGGCACCGCUUACGUGGGGCACUUUGAGAAUGGGCUCUUCCAUGGCUGCGGCGUGCUCACCUUCCCUGAUGGCUCCAGAUAUGAGGGGGAGUUUGUGCAGGGCAAGUUCAACGGCGUUGGCGUCUUCACCCGCUGUGACAACAUGACCUUUGAGGGCGAGUUCAAAGGCGGGCGUGUGUACGGCUUCGGGCUCCUGACCUUCCCCGAUGGCUCUCACGGGGUACCUCGCAACGAGGGCUUCUUUGAAAACAACAAGCUGCUGCGGCGAGAGAAGUGUUCAGCCAUCAUCCAGAGGGCCCAGGGUGCCUCCAAGUCUGCCCACAACCUGACAGCGUGACAGUGCCCUGUGCUGGCCCCCCUGCCCUCCGCUUACUGGCCACCCAGGGAGUCCGCACCAAGCUCCCAUGCUGAACUCCGCCAGUUGGAGGAACAAGGUCCCUGCGCUCUGUACCCAAGUGCCCUGGGGUGGCCGUGGUGCCUUCUCUCUUUGGCUGCAGCCCUGGCACCACCCAGAGCAGCCAGGGCCCAGCACCUCUGCCCCCCAGGAAGGCUGAGGGCCACCAGGGCUCUCAGCCUGCUGUGGGGCACAGAGCAGGGGUGUAGGGGCUGGGGCUGGGCCCUGGCCCCACUGCCAAGGUGCCUUGGCCAGGGGCUGCUGGCUGGACGAUGUGCCCACGGAAGGGCAGCUCCUGACCCACUUCACUACCCUGGCUCUGAGGCAGGGUGGGCACCCCAGGUGCCCUGUGGCCUGUGCCCUCGGCUCCAGGUGACUGUCCAUCCCCUCCAUGUGCCCUGGGCAGGGUGAGCUGGUGCCCCUGGAGGACUCAGCCUGCUCUCAGGGCCAGCUGAUGGGCUGUGUCACCAUCAUUCCUGUGCCCACCCACUGCCUUGGAGACAUCUGCAGCAGCAUCCCCAUCAAGGGGCACCAGGGGACUGCCCAACCUGGCCUGUGUGUGCUGCACACUGGGGGAGGGCAGGAGCCUGGGAUGAGGGGCACGAGCAGGGCUGUGUGGGGUGCCAGGGCUGGAGCAGGGGGCCUGGGCAGGCAUAGAGGCACGUCAAAGGGACAGGCAGGAGGUACAGAGCUCCCCAUCUUGCCCCCCUGCAUGCCUGCCUUCACUCCUGCUGUGGAUCAACUGGCUGCGGUGCGGGAAUCCAAUGGUGAGAUGCAGGCGCUGUGCCCUCCCUGCCAGUCUUUACCCGCACCAGUCCCGUGCCUUGCCGUGACCCUGCCUUGUGCUGCUGCCUGCACAGGCUUCAGCUGAGUAAAACACAUUGCCAACCA